AUGGGCGGCAGCCUGCGGGUGGCCGUGCUGGGCGCCCCGGGGGUGGGCAAGACGGCCAUCAUCCGCCAGUUCCUGUUCGGUGACUACCCGGAGCGCCACCGGCCCACGGACGGGCCGCGCCUCUACCGGCCCGCGGUGCUCCUCGACGGCGCAGUGUACGACCUGAGCAUCCGCGACGGCGACGGGGCUGGAACCGGUCCCAGCCCCGGGGGUCUGGAGGAGUGCACAGACCCGAAGGGCUGGAGCCUGCAGGACACGGACGCCUUCGUGCUGGUCUACGACAUCUGCAGCCCCGACAGUUUCGACUACGUGAAGGCGCUGCGGCAGCGCAUCGCGGAGAACAGGCCGGCAGGCGCGCCUGAGGCGCCCAUCCUCGUGGUGGGCAACAAGAGGGACCGGCAGCGACUACGCUUUGGACCUCGGCGCGCCCUGGCCGCCCUGGUGCGCAGGGGCUGGCGCUGCGGCUACCUCGAGUGCUCCGCCAAGUACAAUUGGCACGUGCUUCGGCUGUUCCGCGAGCUGCUCCGCUGCGCCCUGGUGCGCGCGCGCCCCGCACACCCGGCCCUGCGCCUGCAGGGGGCUCUGCACCCGGCGCGCUGCAGCCUCAUGUGACCGAAUUGGACGCCGCCGCCCGAGGCGGGGGGAGGUUUGUGGGCAUUUGAUUGAAUAACCCGGGCCCCGGAUUGGACAAGGUUGCCCAACUUCUCUCGGAUUGGACGGGGCAGAGUCUCCGCCCUGCUUGAAGCAAGUCCCGCCCGCGGCUACGGGCCUUUGUUGGAACCUCUUUGGGCCGCAUCAGGCCCUCGGCCCCAUUGGACAAGAUCAGAGCUUUCUGGGACCUCACUGGGGCAAGACACGUGGCGCGGAAGGGACUUGGCAAUGAACCUGGAGGUUCCCAGAUGGCUCCUGGGGCUUCGCUGCACAGACUCUUAAGUCGCACCUCCCAGGAGGUAAUAAAAGGGGAAACAGUUCAAGUGUCCCUCGCCUUCCAGGAAUGGGCGCGAGGAGAGCUGCCAGUGUUGCCCCUGGCAGUUAACCCAUUGUGAAAUAAGGGCCCCCCAAAGAGUGUGAUGGCCCCAAGAAGCAGACACAAGGGACUGGAACAAAACUUUACUGUCAGGCUCUGCAGGGCCGUGGGCCCGUAGGCGGGGGCCUCGCCGGGCGCCCCGCCUCCUCUAAGGCAUUCAAUAAUAUUAGUAAUUAAAUAGCAACGCUCAUCCCCCAACCGGAAUGUACAGAGGAAGUCCCGUUGUGCCGUGGUCCCGAGGGUUCUAGUCCCGUGAGGUCUGGUCCCCAAGA